AUGAUCAGGUGCGCAGCCGAUGCUGUCUACAGAGAGUAUUGCGACAGACUCAAGAACACCCGCGCUCCGUUGGUAGCCGCGUGCGUUCCGAGCUACUACGUAUCUGUUAUCUACAAUGAAGUGAUCAUACAGCACUUCUACGACGUCACGGACAAAUCACCCACCCCGCUGGUCAUCGACAACUUCCCCGUGGCGGUAUCGGGACUGCAUCUCACCUUGGACGACAUCCUCCGUAUUGCGAGGCACCCCAACGUCAUGGGCGUCAACUUGAAGUACGAUAACAUGAAGAAUCUCGCGCGGGAGACGUAUGAUUCAUUUCCCAAGGGCUUCUUCGUGGCCGGCGGCAACACCAACUCCAUCCGCCAGUGUCAAGUCCUCGGGGCGAACGGAACGAUCGCGGGCCUCGCCAACUUCGCAACGUACGCGUGCGUGCGCAUAAGAGAGCUCUCUGAUCGAGGGCUCGUGGGCAUGAAGGCUGUGGUCAAGUUUUGGAAUGACUACGGAGGCGCGCCGCGGAAGCCCUGCUACCUGCCGCCGCUUAUUGAGGUCAUCAAAGUUUCAGAGGACCUGAGUGAGCUGUUCCGGGCAGAGGAAGAAGCGGAAGCGCCAGUUACGAGACGUUGA